AUGCAUCCCGCUGUUUUGGUCAAUUCUCAUAUCAUUCCCGAUGACUCUUUUAAAGUAUCGGUCACCAAAAAUUCCGAUUGGCAAUGUCUUGAUAAUAUUGUUCGUACAUGGAUUUAUGGUACUAAUAGUCCCUCCCUUCUUGAAUCGAUUGUCCGUCCCAAUGAUAAUGCUUUUGAUGCUUGGACUCGCAUUGAGAAUAAUUUUCAAAACAACAAAACUUCUCGUAUUCUUCACCUUGAGUCUCAAUUCAAUGAUAUUUCUCUUGCUAACUUCCCCACUGUGAAGGCCUAUUGUAAUGAACUUGAGAAUAUUGCUACUUCUCUUAACAAUCUUGGUGCUUCUAUCUCCGACAAUCGAUUGACUCUUCAAGUUCUCCAUGGUUUGACUCGGAACUACCGUACUUUUCGUUCCUUGGUACAACACAUGAGUCCCGUGCCAUCCUUUGAUACUCUUCGCUCUAUGUUAGAAUUGGAAGAACAUUCUCACCACCAAGAUGUCUCUUCCCCUCAUGACUUAGCUCUCGUCACUACUUCCAAACCAUCAGUGGACCGUUCCGAUACUUAUGACUCUUGUGGUGGCUUUCAUCACCGUGGUGGCCCCCGCCACCACCGUCGUGGUGACCGGAACAGUCGAGGCAACCACCACGGCUUCAACCCCAGCAACUAUGGUCAUCAAGGGCCAAGAUACAAAAAUCAACAGCCUCCUCUCAAGCCCAGCCUUGAGAUGUACAGAUUGCAGCGACGUCGAUCCUAG